AUGAGUGUUAUUCUAUGUACGGCGGGAUAUGAUCACACAAUUCGCUUCUGGGAAGCCUUGUCGGGGAUCUGUUCGCGAACCAUUCAGCAUCCCGACUCUCAGGUAAACCGGUUAUGUAUCACCCCGGAUAAGCGUUAUCUUGCAGCUGCGGGCCACAACAAUGUCAAAUUAUACGACAUUAAAUCUACCAACCCUAACCCGGUCAUGACUUUUGAUGGCCACACAAAUAACAUCACCGGAGUCGCCUUUCACUGCGAAGGGAAAUGGAUGGUUACGAGCUCCGAAGAUGGUACCGUGAAGGUCUGGGACACUCGGACAGGCAGCCUACAGCGUAACUACGCGCAUAAAGCCCCAGUCAAUGAUGUCGUAAUUCAUCCGAACCAGGGUGAACUAAUUAGUGGUGACCGCGCCGGCAUUGUUCGGGUCUGGGACCUGGGUGAGAGUGUCUGUACGCACCAACUGAUCCCUGAAGAUGAUGUCGCUGUGCAAAGCGUUAGUGUUGCGAGCGAUGGAUCUCUGCUGUGCGCAGGCAAUAAGAAGGGCAACGUUUACAUCUGGCGAAUGAUUCAAGACGCCGAGCUGACGCGCAUUGUCCCGAUCUGCACCUUCCAAGCUCAUAAAGACUAUCUCACCCGUAUCCUUCUCUCCCCCGAUGUCAAGCACCUGGCCACUUGUUCAGCCGAUCACACCGCCAAAGUCUGGAACCUCGAUCUCGACUACCCCCCGGCUAAGAUGGCUGUCGCCGCCGCAGCCAAGGCGAGAGCAAAGAGCGUCACCUCGCAGACCUCGCCCGAUCCAAGCAAGGAUUCUCCGUCGUCCCCGGGCACAAUGGCAUCAGAUAGCCAGAACGACACUCCUGGAAGCGAUAAGGGGAGAGCCGAUUUCAUUAAUCCUUUCAGCUUCAUUGAUGGGACCCCUCCCGUUAACAAUGAGCCACAGCAGACCUUCCCCGUGCAACCCGACGGUCCCCCCAUUGAUCCAAACACCGCGACCCUUUUCCUCGAAACUACCCUCGCGAACCACCAGCGCUGGGUCUGGGACUGCGCCUUUUCUGCCGACUCCGCGUAUCUUGUCACCGUCUCGAGCGACCACUACGCGCGACUCUGGGAGCUGGCGUCCGGCCAGGUCAUUCGACAGUACAGCGGCCAUCACCGCGGGGCGGUAUGUGUGGCGUUGAACGAUUAUUCGGAACCGCGGUAG